AUGGCUCCGCGACAAGACACCCCGUUCCGCUCGGCGGACAUGAGCAUGGUCCAGCUCUAUGUCUCCAACGAGAUUGGCCGGGAAGUCGUUACAGCUCUCGGCGAGCUAGGUCUCUGCCAGUUUCGCGACCUCAACGAGGAUGUCAGCGCCUUCCAAAGAACUUAUACUCAAGAAAUCCGACGUCUUGACAAUGUUGAACGACAGCUGCGCUACUUUUACUCUCAAAUGGAAAAGACUGGGAUCACGCUUAGGAAGCUGGACCUCGAUGUUGACCGACUUGCCUCGCCUUCUACGACCGAAAUCGACGAGCUCUCUGAACGCAGCGAGAAACUCGAGCAGCGCAUUUCUGCGUUGAACGACAGUUACGAGACCCUCAAGAAGCGCGAAGGCGACUUGACCGAGUGGCGAUGGGUCCUCCGUGAAGCCGGUAGCUUUUUCGAUCGCGCUCAUGGCAGCGUUGAAGAGAUUCGUGCCUCGAACGACAAUGAUGAUGCUCCCCUGUUGUCCGACGUGGAGCAGAACCAGGGCGCCCCUGAUGCCGAGCGCUCGUUCUCUGGUAUGAACAUUGGGUUUGUGGCUGGUGUCAUCAACCGUGACCGCAUUGGGUCUUUCGAACGUAUCCUCUGGCGUACACUGCGCGGUAACUUGUAUAUGAACCAGUCGGAGAUCCCUGAGCCUCUGGUCGAUCCCGCCAAUAACGAGUCAAUCAACAAGAACGUGUUCGUCAUCUUUGCCCACGGAAAGGAGAUCCUCGCCAAGAUCCGCAAGAUUUCCGAGUCCAUGGGCGCCGAUGUCUACAGCGUGGACGAAAACAGUGAUCUGCGCCGCGAUCAGAUCCACGAAGUCAACAGCCGACUGGAGGAUGUGCAGAAUGUCUUGCGCAACACCCAGGCCACCCUUCAGGCUGAGCUCAACCAGAUCUCGCAGUCGCUCUCGGCCUGGAUGGUCCUGAUCUCCAAGGAGAAGGCUGUGUAUAACACACUCAACAACUUUUCCUAUGAUCGUGCUCGUCGCACUCUGAUUGCUGAGGCAUGGGUGCCCUCCAACGACCUGCCCCUCAUCCGGUCGACUCUACAAGAUGUCACCAACCGCGCUGGCCUGUCUGUGCCCUCGAUUAUCAACGAGAUCAAGACGAACAAGACGCCACCGACAUAUCUCAAGACGAACAAAUUCACCGAAGGCUUCCAGACCAUUGUCAACGCCUACGGUACGGCCACGUACCGGGAGGUCAACCCUGCGAUGCCGGUCAUCGUCACCUUCCCGUUCCUGUUCGCCGUCAUGUUUGGUGACUUUGGACACGCCAUCAUCAUGUUGUCGGCAGCCAUUGCGAUGAUCUACUGGGAGAAGUCUUUGAAAAAGGUCACUUUCGAGCUCUUCGCCAUGAUCUUCUACGGUCGUUACAUCGCCUUGGUCAUGGCUGUCUUCUCUGUUUUCACCGGUCUCAUUUACAAUGAUGUGUUCUCCAAGUCCAUGACUCUUUUCCCCAGCGCCUGGGAGUGGAAGAAGCCUGAUAACUGGGAGGAGGGAAUGAUGCUCACUGCUGAGCUGAACGAUCACGGCUACCGCUAUCCCUUUGGUAUGGACUUUGCGUGGCACGGCAGCGACAAUGAUCUCCUCUUCAGCAACUCGUACAAGAUGAAGAUGAGUAUCAUCCUCGGUUGGUCUCACAUGACCUACUCUCUGUGCUUUUCCUACAUCAACGCCAGACACUUCAAGAAGCCCAUCGACAUCUGGGGUAACUUUCUUCCCGGCAUGAUCUUCUUUCAGUCUAUCUUUGGAUACCUGGUCAUCUGCAUUCUAUACAAGUGGUCUGUUAACUGGGAAGAGGCUGGUGCUUCGCCCCCUGGCCUGCUGAACAUGCUCAUCUACAUGUUCUUGCAGCCUGGCACGCUCCCCAACGGUGAGCGUUUGUACAAGGGUCAGGAGGUUGUCCAGGUCUUCCUCCUGCUCCUCGCCUUCGCCCAGGUUCCUGUCUUGCUGUUCCUCAAGCCCUUCUACCUCCGGUGGGAGAACAACCGUGCACGCGCCAAGGGAUACCGAGGUAUUGGCGAAGUCUCCCGCGUUAGUGCCCUGGAUGGCGAAGACGAAGACCACAGCCGGCCCAACGGCCAUGGCCCCAGCUUCGACGACGAUGAGGGUGUUGCUAUGAUCUCACAGAACAUUGAAGAAGAUCACGAAGAGUUUGAGUUUAGCGAGGUCAUGAUUCACCAGGUCAUCCACACCAUUGAAUUCUGCCUGAACUGCGUGUCGCACACUGCAUCGUACCUCCGUCUGUGGGCCUUGUCGCUCGCCCAUCAGCAGCUCAGUGUUGUCUUAUGGAGCAUGACCAUGGAGUUGGCUCUCGUCAAGACCGGCGUUCUCGGUGUCAUCAUGAUUGUUGUUUGCUUCUAUGCCUGGUUCUUCCUUUCAAUCGCGAUUCUCGUAUGUAUGGAGGGCACCAGUGCCAUGUUGCAUUCCCUGCGUCUCGCUUGGGUAGAGUCCUUCUCCAAGUUUGCCGAAUUUGCAGGCUGGCCGUUCCAACCUUUCUCGUUCGACACCAUGCUAGAGGAGUCGGAGGAGUUGAAGGAAUAUCUGGGCUGA